UUUUCUAAGCAGUCCACCUACAUGGGCGUAGUAUAAAAGCAACAGCGAGAUAGAGAUCAUUCCCAAGUUAUCUAAAAUGGCGUCUUCGGUGGCGAUUACAGUUCUAAUCAACAGGCUCUUUGUGUUCAUUUUUCUCUUUGUUUCCCUCAUGGUCCUUGCCACUAACAAGGUGACUACGUCCUACUUAACCGUUGAUGACAACCCCUCUAAAGUUACCUUCAAAAAUUCUUAUGCUUAUAGAUUUCUUCUUUCGGUGGCGGUCAUUGGAUGUGCAUACACGCUCCUGCAAAUUCCGUUUGCAGCUCUGAGCAUAAGCAAUCGCACUGAGAUUUCGCAGUUUGUUAUCUUCCCUGAUCUGGUUUUUACACCAUUAUUUGCGAUGGCAGUCGGGGCCGGAUUUGGGCUCACAGUCGAUGUUAAGCACUUUCUAGAUAAAUUAUUCGCAAGCGCGGAUCUGCAAGAUGAUCCAGAACUAAAAGACGUUGAUAAGUUCUUUGAUCAUGUAUAUGUCUCUGCGGGCUUCCUUCUCCUGGCUACCGUAUUCAUGGUAGUUAUGACUAUCCUUUCAGUACAUGCUGUCUCAAGGAAAUGAUGUUCGAAUGAGAGUGGUCAUUUUCCUAUCUAAUCCGUAAUAAACCUCAUCAGUGACUUGUUAUCCUGAUGGAUUCCUCCAUCUAUAGUGAUGUAGCCUUUUAAUUUUCUUGCAAUACAAUUACUUCAGUCAUGAGAUA